AUGGCCGUCCCAAAUGGCCAAAUUCAAAUGGGACGCCCGUCCCGAGUGAGACCGCCGUCCCACUCUUCAGUUGGUUGUCCCAAAGGCAAAUUUUCAAUUGAGACUGUCGUCCCAACCCAGACGGCCGUCCCAAAUCUCCUGGCGCCUCCUAUAUAUGAUAAGCGCGGAUCCUUGCCUUG